AUGGGGACUGCUCGCAUGCAGCUGCCCGAGAAUUGGGAUUCGGCACUCAUCAUUUGUGCAGUGGCUCUCUCACUGGAGGUGGCUGAAGAUAUCGUGGUGCUGGGCAUGGAUAAAUGCGUGCAAGCACCAGUAACUGGCAAAGCCAUGGACCAUUUCCAGAACUUUGCCAACGAAGAUCCCUAUCAAAGCUUGGCAGUGGUAAUGAGGUCAGAUUUAGAAUUUUCCUCCAAGACUUUGCCCCUCCCUACCAGCCCCGUGUCACGCCUCUCCAUCUAUAGUUCUGAUCAUCGAAUUUCACCCAACUCCGUGGCCAUCACGCAUAUGGGGCCCCAGGAUACGACUCGCUCGGGCAUUCUGCGACGCACCUUCGGGCAGAAUGCCGUAGUGCAUCACGCCAAGGGACUGCAUGGAUUGAGGAAAUGCAAAUUUGUGGUGGUUUUUGGCAUGACGAUGACUGCAGCCUCCUUCACCUUGAUCUUAUUGGAGCUUCUCCUUGGCCCUGCCUACGUCUAUGGGCAUUGUGUCCAGCCGCUGCCACUGGCUGAGACGCUGUUGAAGACACUCUUUUGGUCUCUGCCGUUGGCAGACUGCCACUCAUCUUGA